CUAAUUGGUUGUAAUUAUUUCUGUUAGGUGGAAAAAAUGCACAUUUAUCAGAUGUGUUGCUUUUUUAAAUACAGAAACUCCUAACUCCCUUGGCACAUUUAGCUUCACUGUUGACAUGCUCUUGGGUGGAACAUAGCAGCCAACUGGCAAAUGGCCUGUUUCCUUCCAGUGUGGGAAAGAAAAAGGAAUUUUGGCAAGAGAUACCUAAGGAGAGCCUUUUAUAAAAGUUCCCAAAGGGGGUUAUAGUCACUGUGAAAUAGCAUGACCUCAAUUUCUUAAAAAUCUCAUUUUUAAGCUGAACACAAAAGAAGGGGGAGCUAUUGCUUUUCUUACUAGGCUUCAUUGCAGCUGUGCUAAAAAGCAUUUUUUUUCCUCACCCUUGUCCCUCCACCCUUUUUUUUCUUUUUUUGACCCUGUCAGACAGUCAUUCUGAUAAUUUAAGAGAAGACAGGCAUGUGAACAACUUCAUUUGCCUUUUUCUAGGAAAAUGCAACAUGGCAGCAGCAAUGGAAACAGAACAGCUGGGUGUUGAAAUAUUUGAAACUGCAGAGUGUGAGGAGAAUAUUGAAUCACAGGAUCAGCCUAAAUUGGAGCCAUUUUAUGUUGAGCGAUAUUCCUGGAGUCAGCUUAAAAAACUACUUGCUGAUACCAGAAAAUAUCAUGGCUAUAUGAUGGCUAAGGCACCACAUGAUUUUAUGUUUGUGAAGAGGAAUGAUCCAGAUGGGCCUUAUUCAGACCGGAUUUAUUACCUUGCCAUGUCUGGUGAGAACAGAGAAAAUACACUGUUUUAUUCUGAAAUUCCCAAAACCAUCAACAGAGCAGCAGUCUUAAUGCUGUCUUGGAAGCCUCUUCUGGAUCUUUUUCAGGCAACCCUGGACUAUGGAAUGUAUUCUCGAGAAGAAGAACUAUUGAGAGAAAGAAAACGCAUUGGAACAGUUGGAAUUGCUUCUUAUGAUUAUCACCAAGGAAGUGGGACAUUUCUGUUUCAAGCUGGUAGUGGGAUUUAUCACGUAAAAGAUGGAGGGCCACAAGGAUUUACACAACAACCUUUACGGCCCAAUUUAGUGGAAACUAGUUGUCCCAACAUACGAAUGGAUCCAAAAUUAUGCCCUGCUGAUCCAGACUGGAUUGCUUUUAUACACAGCAAUGAUAUUUGGAUAUCCAACAUUGUAACCAGAGAAGAAAGGAGGCUUACUUAUGUGCAUAAUGAACUGGCCAACAUGGAAGAGGAUCCCAGAUCAGCUGGAGUCGCUACCUUUGUUCUUCAAGAAGAAUUUGACAGAUAUUCUGGCUAUUGGUGGUGUCCAGAAGCUGAAACAACUCCCAGUGGUGGCAAAAUUCUUAGAAUUCUAUAUGAAGAAAAUGAUGAAUCUGAGGUGGAAAUUAUUCAUGUUACAUCCCCUAUGUUGGAAACAAGGAGGGCAGAUUCAUUCCGUUACCCUAAAACAGGCACAGCAAAUCCUAAAGUCACUUUUAAGAUGUCAGAAAUAAUGAUUGACACCGAAGGAAGGAUUAUGGAUGUCAUAGAUAAGGAACUAAUUCAGCCUUUUGAGAUUCUAUUUGAAGGAGUUGAAUACAUUGCCAGAGCUGGAUGGACUCCAGAGGGAAAAUAUGCUUGGUCCAUCCUACUAGAUCGCUCUCAAACUCGCCUACAGAUUGUGUUGAUUUCGCCUGAAUUAUUUAUCCCAGUAGAAGACGAUGCCAUGGAAAGGCAAAGACUUAUUGAGUCAGUGCCUGACUCUGUGACACCACUGAUUAUCUAUGAAGAAACAACAGACAUCUGGAUAAAUAUCCAUGACAUCUUUCAUGUUUUUCCCCAAAGUCAUGAAGAUGAAAUUGAGUUUAUUUUUGCCUCUGAAUGCAAAACAGGUUUCCGUCACUUAUACAAAAUCACAUCCAUUUUAAAGGAGAGCAAAUAUAAACGAUCCAGUGGUGCACUACCUGCUCCAAGUGAUUUCAAGUGUCCUGUCAAAGAGGAAAUAGCACUUACCAGUGGUGAAUGGGAAGUUCUUGGCCGGCAUGGAUCUAAUAUCCAGGUUGAUGAAGUCAGAAGGCUGGUAUAUUUUGAAGGCACCAAAGACUCCCCUUUAGAACAUCACUUAUAUGUGGUCAGUUAUGUAAAUCCUGGAGAGGUAACAAGGCUGACUGACCGUGGCUAUUCCCAUUCUUGCUGCAUCAGCCAGCAUUGUGACUUCUUUAUAAGUAAGUAUAGUAACCAAAAGAAUCCACACUGUGUGUCCCUUUAUAAGCUAUCAAGUCCUGAAGAUGACCCAACUUGCAGAACAAAGGAAUUUUGGGCCACCAUUUUGGAUUCAGCAGGUCCUCUUCCUGACUAUACCCCUCCAGAAAUUUUCUCUUUUGAAAGCACUACUGGAUUUACAUUGUAUGGGAUGUUGUACAAGCCUCAUGAUCUACAGCCUGGAAAGAAAUACCCCACUGUACUAUUUAUAUAUGGAGGUCCUCAGGUGCAGUUGGUGAAUAACCGAUUUAAAGGAGUCAAGUAUUUCCGCUUGAAUACAUUAGCCUCUCUGGGUUAUGUGGUUGUGGUGAUAGACAACAGAGGAUCCUGUCAUCGAGGGCUUAAAUUUGAAGGCGCCUUUAAAUACAAAAUGGGUCAAAUAGAAAUUGAUGAUCAAGUGGAAGGACUCCAGUAUCUAGCUUCUCGAUAUGAUUUCAUUGACUUAGAUCGUGUGGGCAUCCACGGCUGGUCCUAUGGAGGAUACCUCUCCCUGAUGGCAUUAAUGCAGAGAUCAGAUAUCUUCAGGGUUGCUAUUGCUGGGGCCCCAGUCACUCUGUGGAUCUUUUAUGAUACAGGAUACACGGAACGUUAUAUGGGUCACCCUGACCAGAAUGAACAAGGAUAUUACUUAGGAUCUGUGGCCAUGCAGGCAGAAAAGUUCCCUUCUGAACCAAAUCGUUUACUUCUCUUACAUGGAUUCUUGGAUGAGAAUGUCCAUUUUGCACAUACCAGUAUAUUACUGAGUUUUUUAGUGAGGGCUGGAAAGCCAUAUGAUUUACAGAUCUAUCCUCAGGAGAGACACAGCAUAAGAGUUCCUGAAUCUGGAGAGCAUUAUGAACUGCAUCUUUUGCACUAUCUUCAGGAAAACCUUGGAUCGCGUAUUGCUGCUCUGAAAGUGAUAUAAUUGCGACCUGUGUAGAACUGUGGUAUACACUGGCUGUUUAACCAAAUGAGGAGGUUUAAUCAGUAGAAAACAUUUUGGUACCUGCCAAACAUCUCCUGAAAGUAAAUUUGGUGCCAUACAGGCAUCUACAAUUUAUGGAUCACAAUCUAAUACCUUAACCAUACAUACACAAAAUUGAAUGAUAAAUAUUUCUAAAGGACCCAGAAAUACCAUGAGAAUUACUGAAAAAAAUUAGACAUUUGCACCAUGUAUCCAAAAUACCCUGUUUUCACUUUUAAUAGCAUUAUAAACCUCAUGGAUUUUAUUAGUGUAUUUUUACAGUAUUACUCUGAGUUUGUUAAAAUAUGAUGAUAUUAGUGAUUGGUUUGGUUCAAUUCCAGAAUCUCUGACUAGUUUCAGAUUUGAUAGCACUUAAAUGUAAUUGAAUAGCUUAUGCUUUAUUGCUUGGGGUGUAUCCAGCAUGUUAUGAACUAAUCACUAUUAAACCUAACUUAACCAGUCAUUAAUGAUUUUUCAAGGAUAACUUAGUGGCCUCCUAAAGACACUUGUUUUGGCUCUGACCGUUUUUAGCCAAUUUAAACUGUAUUUAGUAUAAAUAAUUCUCAUUUUCUUUUGAUGAUAUGACAGAGUGGGUUUUUCCUUAUGCAUAAAGGCAAGUAACUGUAUAUGUAGCAUGAAUUUAAUUAGUCUUAUGAUAUUGAUAAUUACAGGCAGAAAAUUUUGAUUAGAGCUUAAAUAUUUGCAGGCAAGUUUCUUUUUUUCCUUUAGGAAAAAGAAAAAGUACACAUUCACUUGUAUUCUUCAGAAAGUUUUAGAGGUGCCAGUUUUCAUUUUAUAUUUCCUUAUUAAAAUGUUCUGGAGUUUUAGGGAGGUUGAAGUCCCAGAAUCUCAGUGGGGCUGGGGAGACCAGGGUGUGGGGAAUGACAGGGAGAGGAGGUGGUAGGGUCUGCUUAAGAAUUAAGCAGAAGUAGUUAAGUAGUUUUAAUAGAAAUACUCAUGAAAAUGCUUGGGAAAUGAAAUUUAAACUCAUAAAAUGUCAAGAAAACCAGAAUUAAGUAAUAGCUCUCUUGCCAUCACAGUUGCAGACUAACAUUAUUCAGGGGAGGAAAAGUUCAUUAGAGUUACUUUUAUAAUUUUAAUUUUUUUGUUAUUUUUAUUUUACUUUUAGAAACCUUGGAAAUUUAAGCUUACCCUUUUUAAAUUAUUUUAAGCUGUGAGCUUAAAAUAAAAAGGUUUAUAGACAACCUCUUUGUCAUAAGCUAAUCCCCAGCAAGAUAUGGCUCUCUUUUUCAGUGGUUAAAACCUAUAAACAGUUUUCUUGAGUGACCACAACAUUUUCUUGGGUAAGUCUAGCAUUUGGCUAUGAAAAGAGUUCACAGGCUUUCAGGUGCCUUUGGGAAUUGCAUUGGCCAGGAGUCUUGAUGCUGGAUGGGUCACAUUGGCACCAUUGGCAGGGACGGCAUCUGUGAGUUUGACCCUUUUUAUCCCAAGUUUCAGUGUUGAGAAAGUUGUUGUUACCAAUACUCUUAAACAACACUCCAAGAAGAACUGCUCUCUUUCUUUGUCAUCACUACAGAGAGAGUGGAUUUCUCCAAUAGAGAGCACGGCCUCUGUUAGUAAGGAUAAUGACUAUGCAUGAGAGGUGUAUUUCAUUACUUAGGGCCAGGUGGGAGGUGGGAAAACCCCAGAAAUGGCAGGGUGACCUAGUGGUUCUGUCCUUGGGAAGGAGAUUAGGUUUUUGCUGUGUGUAUUUAUACUGUAUAAUAGAUACCACAGUUUUUCUUACUGUCUGUGUAUGUAUUGAUUUCCAUGUUUAUAUUCUCCCAUGCCAAGAUUUGUUUAUAUUUUCCUUGUUAAAUUAAAUUGAUUUGGGUAA